CAUGUUGAGCGGCAGAGGUCCACUCUGCAGGUGAAAAGCAAUGAAAUAAUUAGCGAGAAGGCUAUUUUGCAAAGUCCAGACCAUUUUUGAUGUGAUAGAAAACAUAAUUGCAAGCAAUUAUGAAGAAGGAAGGCAAGCGAGCAGAUACACAGAGGCCGUAUAAACUGGCUCAUCAAGUUCUCUGUAUAACAGGAUUUAAUUUCCGGCUGCAGUCGCUUAUUGGUUAUGUUGAAUUGGUCAUCUAUCCUCUGAGGCAAGAUCUUAGAAGAAUCAAGAUAAAUUGCAAACAAGGAAGGAUAUACAGAGUAUGUUUUCAAGACCAGUGGGAAGCCCCAUUCCUGUACAAUGAUCCUACACUGGAAAUCUGCCAGGGGGAUGUCAAACAGAGAAACUUAGACUUUUUUGAGAGUUGCCAUGCCUCGGCUACUGCAGCAGUGGAUCCGGACUGUGCCAAUGGAGAGGUUACAAUCAGGGUGCCUUUUGAGGCAUUCCCACUGGUAUCAGAAUUGAAGCCAUUGCGAGUCAGUAUAGAGUUUUCCUUGGAGACCCCCCUAGGUGGCAUUAAGUUUGUAGUCCCUGAGACAGACAGCAAUCAGUCUAUGGCAGAUAGAGGGGCACAUCUGUUCACAUAUGGCUGUGAGGACUCCUCAAGGUUAUGGUUCCCAUGCAUUGACAGUUACUCAGAACCAUGUACCUGGAAGCUGGAGUUCACUGUGGAUGUCAACAUGACUGCAGUAUCAUGUGGGGAUCUGGUGGAAACUGUAUACACACCAGACAUGAAGAAGAAAACAUUCCAUUAUUUCCUCUCCACACCUACUGCAGCACCAAAUAUUGCUCUGGCUGUAGGACCAUUUGAAAUUCUGAUGGACCCCAACAUGCAUGAAGUGACCCACUUCUGUCUGCCACAUCUUAUGCCAAUUCUCAAACAUUCUACAGCUUAUCUACAUGAGGCAUUUGAAUUCUAUGAAGAACUGAUGUCAAUCAGGUACCCAUACUCGUGCUACAAGCAGGUGUUUGUGGACCAGGCCUAUGCUGAGGCUUCUCCCUAUGCUACUUUGACAAUAUUCAGCACCAACCUCCUCCACUCAGCCAGAAUCAUUGACCAGACUCCAGUGUCUAGAACACUCAUGGCAGGCGCCAUUGCUCAGCAGUUUUUUGGCUGUUUUAUAGCCAUGGAAUCUUGGUAUGAUGAGUGGUUACCAAAAGGAAUAGCUGGCUACUUGACUAGUCUUUACAUCAAGAAAGCAUUUGGAAACAAUGAGUACAGGCAUUACAUAGCAAAGGAGCUGAAGUGUGUUCAGGAGUAUGAGCAGCAGGUGGCAGGGAUUGUCUUGGAUCCUUCAGCUCAGGAAAACAGCACAGCUAAGUUAUAUUUCCCUGUGAACCACCCCCACACAGUGUCCCCGCGGUACCAGGCAAUGUUUGAGAGGAAAGCCAUGCUGGUUAUACGCAUGCUGGAAAUUAGAAUAGGAAGAGAACUGCUCUUACAGACUCUGAACAAGUUGCUGUCAUUGGCCAUUCAAGCCUCUCAACAAAAGUUUCAACCCAAUUUUAACAUCUGGGGAAAUAUGUUACUUUCAAUGACUUCUUUCUUGAAAAUCAAGUCUACAGUAACUGGAAAAGAUAUCAAUGUCUUUUUGGAUCAGUGGGUACGUCAGAGUGGCUGUGCAAGAUUCUUUGGCAAUUUUGUAUUUAAUCGUAAAAGAAAUGUUGUUGAGUUAGAGCUGAAACAGGAUAUGAAUGCAAAGGGGGCUAUGAAGUAUGUGGGCCCACUGACCAUGACCAUACAGGAGUUGGAUGGAUCCUUUAACCACACAUUCAAAAUAGAGGAAAACAAAACUAAGUUUGAGAUAACUUGCCAUUCAAAGAGCAGGAGGAACAAGAAAAAGAAGAUUCCUCUCAUGACUGGGGAAGAGGUUGACAUGGACCUUAGUGCAAUGGAUGCUGACUCCCCUGUGUUAUGGUUGAGGGUGGAUGCAGACAUGACAAUCCUGAGGCAGGUGACCUGGGAGCAGCCAGACUUCAUGUGGCAGUACCAGCUCAGAUAUGAAAGAGAUGUGGUAGCACAGCUUGAGGCGAUUGAAGCACUUGAAAAAUUUCCUACUCCUGCCACUAGGAUGUCCCUGACGGAUACCAUUGAAAAUGAACAGUGUUUCUACAGAGUGCGAAUGGAGGCUGCUAUGUGCCUGGCAAGGGUUGCUAAUGCCAUGGUGGCCAACUGGGCGGGGCCUCCAGCCAUGAUGACCAUAUUCAGGAAGAUGUUUGGCUCCCACACCUGCCCAUCCAUAGUUAAACAAAAUAACUUUUCCAAUUUUCAACAUUAUUACCUACAGAAGACCAUCCCAGUUGCCAUGUCCAACCUGAGAAAUGUGCACAAUAUUUGCCCCCCUGAUGUCAUCAGAUUUCUUCUGGACUUGUUUAAAUAUAAUGACAACAGGAAAAACAAGUAUUCUGAUAAUUACUACCGAGCCACUCUUGUGGAUGCCAUAGCCAAUACAGUAACCCCAGCAGUGACCACUUUUACUGGACCUGGGUUAGGGCCCACUGCAUCUUCUCUCACUCCUGAUAUGAAGCUUGUAUUGGAGGAAAUCACAAGAUUCAUCAACUUAGAAAAGCUGCUGCCCUGUUACAGAUAUACAGUUACUGUGAGCUGUCUCCGAGCCAUCCGCAAGCUCCAAAGAAUGGGCCACAUACCCAGUGAUGCGGCACUGUUCAGAAGUUAUUCACAAUUUGGGAACUUUGUUGAUGUUCGCCUGGCUGCUUUUGAAGCUUUAGUGGAUUACACUAAAGUUGAAGCUGAUCCAGAUGAACUGAAUAACCUUUUAGAUACAGUUGAAGACGACCUUGAUCCAUACAUCAAGCAUGGUGUGUUGAAGCUGCUGCUGACCAACCCUCCAUUCACUAAGCAGGACAACAAGAGUAGUAUGGGAACUGAGAUGCUGGUGGAACGCCUAUGGAGAAUGAUGAACUCCGGGACAUCCAAUGACGCCAGACUGCGAUGUGGUAUAGCUGACCUGUAUUUCACUUUUUAUGGUCGCACAAGGCCGUCAUGUUUGCCAAUUCCAGAGUCCGUAAUAGUGCUAAAUUUGAAGGAAAAAAGAACCAUGGUCCAUCCGUCUUUAUCUUUGUCAGAGAUAGGCCAAGAAGAGGAGACCAUUCAUGAAGAAGAAGACAGCAUAUUAUGGACUCCAAUAAAAACAGACUUUGACACACCAUCUUUCCCUGCUAGUAGUAGUAGCAGCACAGUAGAAAGUAAAAAACGAAAAGCUGAUUCUCCCUUGAUAUUUGAUGACAUCAAGAAAGAGUCGAGUGCAGAGCCUAACAUCAAGGCAGAAGUGGAGGAAAAUCCUUGUAAGCUGAAGAUAAGGAUGUAUUCCAUCCAUUUUGAUGUCAAAAUAAAUUGA